AUGGACUACAACGUAUUUGAGGCGAUACACGAGCAACAAAGCAACACAUCUGACAUGGAUCUCUCCGAAGAAGAUAACAACCCAUUCGUCGGAACUCAUCACCUAUAUGCUUCUGGCAUUGGGACUACUAUCGGCGAAGCUCAUCCGGCGAACGUGAAUUCUCCACCUUCUUCGUCGUCUUUGCCAUCUAGCCCAGCACAUUCCUCUUCUUCUGGCUCUUCUAGAGCAUCCACGUCAUCUUCAACCUCCUCCCAUGCCGUUGUGGAAGCUGAUGCGGAGACUGAGCCAUUUGUUUCCUUGUCGAUGUCUACUACUGCGACCAUCAGCAAAGUUGCUCCCCAUGAUGCGAAUGGGACCGAACAGAUCCAAAUCAUUGAUGCUGGUGAUUUUAAAGAUCCCUGGGGAAAACACGCUAUCGGCUAUGUAAUCGUGUAUGAAAAUAACAAGAUUAUCAGGAGGUACUCAGAAUUUCAUUCUUUAAGGCAAUCUUUGACUAGACUCCUCCCCACUAUAAUUAUUCCACCCAUUCCAUCCAAACAUUCUCUCCUCAAAUACAUAUGGAGCCCCAUAAACGCCACAAAUGAUUCCAAAAUCAUCUCUACUAGAAAGAAAAUGCUCAAUUCAUUCUUGUGCAACUGUUUAGACAUCCAAGAAAUAAACAAUGAUAUUGUUUUCCGAAAAUUUUUAAACCCUGAAUUUAACUGGAAAGAUGUUUUAAGCUCUUCGCCGAUAAUCAUACUCCCCUUGAACAACCUUUUAGCUCCACCUUUAAAUCCAACAAAGCCAAGCCCCUUUCAUUCUAUUUUACCAAUUCCAUCCAACUCAUCUCUGAAAAACUAUAAUUCGAUUUGGCAACAACACAUCACAAUAAAAAGUCACAAUGAAGUUUCUAACCUGCCAACAGAAAUUUUACAAAACGAACCUCAAUUUACACAUAUUGAGAAUUUAUUUCAAAAUUAUAAACGAAUAAUCACGCACCUAUUAAAAAACAUAAGAUCAAACAAAUCUCAUUUCCACUCUUUAUCCACAUAUUUUGCUGAAUUGGGCGCAUAUUAUAACGCCUUUAGUUUGGAAAACGACAUAACCAUGCCUAACAGCCACCGUGAACCUAAAAGCAUCUCAAAAAACCCAAUGAUGGAAAUUAUCAGUCAUAUCGAAAAGACAGGCCACUCAUUCGAUAUUAUAUACAUAUCUUCCGAGAUCUUAAUUGAGAAAUACAACUCUAUUCUCGAGGACCCUAUUAACGAAUUAUUGCAAUUCCUAAAUGAGUCAUUCAGGGUUCUAAAUUUCAAGAAAUUGAAGUUUCUGCAAUUUAAAAUCUUAGAGAGGCUAAUUAUCGAAAAAGAGACCAAACUUUCGAGUCUUACUGAGAUCGAAAACCAACUACAAAAGAUCAACGAGAGCCUAAUGCAGUCCACUGCAUUGACAGAUGACAAUUACAAAGAUACAAAGGCUGUUGACCUAACAUUUGCUAAAAAGGACAUAAGAUCGCUAUCAAAGUCAAGUUCAAAUUCAAGCUCAAGUGGACAUCAAAACGAAAUUCAUAUAGGCACAAGUAAACUAAACUAUAAAACGUCUACACCAACAAUGAAUCUCAAUAAAUUAGAAAUCAAACAAUUAACAGAACAAGAAAGAUCUAAACAGAUAAAACAGUUAAACCAAGAUUUAUCCAAACUGAAAGAUUGUUUAUCAAUUUCUAUAUCAGACAUGCUACAAAUUAACAGUUCGUCAUACAAUAGCUUAAUGCAUACAUACAAUCAUAUUCAUUUGUCCAUUGGCAAAAUCUUGAAGCUUUUCACAACUAGCUUCAAAGCAUGGAUCAAAGAGUGUCUGAAGAACUGGAAACUGGCGAAGUUACAAAUCGAUCAGGCCCUAUAA